AUGGCUGGAAGAAACAACGCUGCUAUUGUUGUUGCUUUACAUGUUGUUGCUCAGGCUAUGCAGAAUCAUCCUAAUUACGGUGGGAACGACGAGUUCGACAUUUGGGGAAGUUCCAGAGGAACAACCUUCCUACUUUCAAGGAAGGCGCGGUUCGGUACACAUAUGUUAGCUGAGGAAGCGGAUGACCGAUGGAUCAACACUCGACAAGUAUUGGAUGUUACAGCUGAAGUUGUAACUUGGAAUGUAUUCCGUAGGAAAUUUCUGAGAAAGUACUUUUCUGAGGAUGUUCGUGGGAAGAAGAAUAUUGAGUUUCUUGAGCUGAAGCAGGGUAACUUGUCGGUUACUGAGUAUGCUGCCAGAUUUAUGGAGCUUGCUAAGUUCUACCCUCAUUAUAAUGAGGCGACUGUUGAGUUCUCGAAGUGUAAAAAUUCGAGAAUGAUAAGGAGGUUUCCAGAGUUGGUGAAUAGUUGUAGAAUUUAUGAGGGUGAUAGUAAGGUUCUAUCGGCUCACUACAAGGGGCUGAGCGAGAGAAGAGGAAAGCUGAAUCUGAACCGUGGGAAGCCAUAUAGUGCUCCAGCUGAUAAAGUUGUUGAUUGCAAAGAGAAUAUGGUGACUUGCUACAACUAUGGUGAACCAGGACAUAUCAACACUCGUUGCCCGAAGCCUAAGCAAGCUUCAACUGGAGGAAAGGUGUUCGCUCUUACGGGGACUCAUACUUCUAGUGAUGACAGGCUAGGCCUUGUUGUGUCUUCUAUGAGUGAAGAAAUGGUUAUCGAAACUCCUGCUAAGGGCUCGGUGACUACUACUUCAGUGCGGUUUCUUACUCCUAGUGAGGAGGAAGAAGUUGGUUUCUUGUCUACUAGAGAGUUGAAGGAGCUUUUGGAAGAGGAAUAUCAUGUGUUUGCACUGUUCGCGAUGUUAUCUGCUAAGAGUCAGACAGUGAUUGAUGAAUUGCAGGUAGUGCGGGAUUUUCUAGAGGUGUUUCCAGAUGACACUUCAGAUGUACCGCUAGAGAGAGAGGUGGAAUUUUCUAUUAAUCUUGUCCCUGGUACCAGACCAGUUUCUAUGGCACCACACAGGAUGUCUACAUCGGAGUUAACAGAGUUGAAGAAAAAACUUAUAAGAUCUACUAGAGAAGAGAUUUGUGAGACCAAGUGUGUCACCUUAGGGAGCUCCGAUGUUGUGAGUAAAGAAGAAAUACGGUAG